AUGUUCCGUUUGUUGUGUUUAUUACUGAUCAGUGUCAUAUCUUGUACCAUCGUAGAAGGGGAAAGAAUCAUCAUUGUAAUACCACCCCCCAUACAAAUAGCGGUUCGCAACACUGAAAAAGACGAGGAAAAACCGACUACAAGUGAUAAAGACCAACCAACAAAGACCAAUGCAAGUAAUGCAACCGAAUCAACAAAAGUGGAGCAGACUCCUGCUCCACCAAAGAAAGAACCUGAAUUGAUUAUGAAGGAUGGUAUAUUAUACGCACAUGAUCCAUUAAGUGAAUCGGUUUCAGAAAACGAGUAUGACAGUUCAUAUUUCAGACGUAAUGGAGCUCAAAGAAUUCAUGGGGGAUUCAUCUAUUACGCAACGAUUCUUACGUUCACAUUCAAGUGUCUUGUUCACCUUUGA